AUGAAUAAACACGGAUAAAAGUAACAAGCUUAAGUUAGAAUUUAAACAAAAGAAAUAUAGAAAUUGCCAGAUGAUAUGGAAACAGAAAUAAAAGAUGCUUUUACUUAUUUUGAUAAUGAAAAAAAAGGAACUAUAAAUAGAAGUUAACUGCGUUCUAUUCUAGGUAAUUUUGCGUUUUCAAAUAUGAAUGUAAAAGAAAUUGAAGAUUAAUUAAAAAAAGACUCAUAAAAUAAACAAAACUUUACUUUUGAAGAAUGCAUUAAAAUUAUAAGCAAAAAAUGGUUUUAAGGAGGAGGAAAAGAGUAAGAAGGUGAAGAAUUUUUCAAGCUUUUUGACAGAAAAGGAAGAAAUGGAAUUAGUUUAUAAGAUGUGAAACACUUAUUUGGAUAAUAUUUAGAUAUUAAUAUUAGUGAUAACGAUAUUUUUGAAUUUUUAUAAGAAGCAGACACUGAUGGUGAUUAAGUUUUAGAUAAAAAUGAUUUUUACAGAAAAUUCGGAUAUAACUGA